CCAGGUGCGUGCAUACGACCCAUGGUUGCGGCUUUUUAAAAAAUCGCCGAUCUGACAACGACAACAAGGGAAUACGAAAAGAUGGUUGCCGGAAGACGGUUAAUCAUUCAGUUCUCGUUCUUCAUUCACUACGUUCAUUUUAUGGUCGCUAGUGUUGGGCUGAAUUUGACCGAUCAUUUUACAGAAAUUGUCUUUGAUUAUGACAGUUUACUAUUUUUCAGUACUAUCAAUGUCAAGUUUCUUAAGUGUCAAUUUGACAGUAAACUACUUCACACUCAGUAUCAAAGUCAGUCCAAACACCAGAAUAACUUGAGACGAUUUUCCGCAAAAAUGACGAACCCUUUCGGUGUUUCUGCAGCGGAAUACAACCUCAUCAAACAGCAAGCUCAAAGGCGAAGUGAGCUUAGGAAAGAGUUCUUAAAACAGAGAACUAACCCUUUCAAACAUGCGUCCGAAGCUGGUUAUGUCUUCGACCCAGCGAUGCAAAAGUUCCUGUCGAUGAAAGUAACUCAGUUGGAGCAUUUCCAGGCCAACACUAGAACCAGCUUGUUUGGAAUCUGUACUAUCGUUAUUCCCAUGUUUGCUUAUGGAUACAUACUCUGGAAACACAGGACCACACGCGAAGAUCAAAUCAGGAAAGGUGAACUCCGUUACAAGGACAGGAUGUUCAAAUUGCAGUAAUUAUUAUCAGAUUAAGGAUAAAAUGAGUUGUCAUGUAGAAAUAAAAUCAAGUAAUUGUUAAUUUCCUUUUAUUUUUCUAGGCAGAAUAUUUUUACUAUAACUAUAAAUAGUAACAUAAAGAACAACACUAAUUUCCAACUUGAUUUCUUUUUUUUAUUAAAUUUGUUUUAAAUACUGGCAUUAACCAUAUUAGAAAAUCCUUAAAAAACAAUACCACUGACACCUGUCAUUGCAAAAAUGUUGAUUUUGUGAUGGUGCCAUUCAUUGUGAAGAAUAUAAUAAUAAUACUGGUGAAAUAUUUUUCUAACUAUGGCUAAUAAGUAUGGAUUUUCUGAUCUUGAGUGUAAAAUAAUACUGGAUCAAAUUGAGAGGCGUGCCAAUUAUAGGAAAGAAUUUUUGAAACUCAGAACUGAUCCUUGCAAACAUUCCAUGCAAGCAGGCCAUGUUGUAAGUAAAACUCUACUUCAUACUAUUAUCUAAUAAGAUAAUAAAAAUGUUUGUUAAAACCUAUGCUUCUUACUCUUUCACUUAAAAACAACUGGAUGCAUUUUGAUAAUAAUUAGCACCAGGGAUAGAUACAGACUAUAAUCUACUAUUCGUCCAGAUAACUUGAGCUAAGUGGCUGGCAGAAAGGCUUCAUAACAGGCAAUGCUCUAAAACUGUGCCAUUACUUAAUUAAAUGGACUUGGGACUGCUAAGUUAAGUCAUGGGUCAGGCAGUCUGUACCUAUACAAGAUAAUUAAACUUUUUUGAUCAUAAAAUAAUUCUGGUGUACCUUUGUCAAUAGUGGUGGUAGUGUGUGCCCUUUAUAAGUGGUGUUACAUUGUUUAACUGUACCUCUAUCUGCCUCUCACUUAUACUGGACUUGUUAAUAGUACCCUAGUUCUAGCUAAUAAUAACGAUCAUCAGCAAUAGGUUUCAGAGGAAUUUUUCAAAAGGUCACCUGCAUCUACUAGACCUUAUAAGAUAUCAGAUAACAGGGGUGUUGGUAGCUUUUUUAAGUGGAAUGGUAAGACCGAUAGUUUGUGACAAUUUUCUGUUAACUUUUAAGUCUUUUUUCAGUUCGACAAGGCUAUCCAACAUUUCCUAUCUAUGAAAAAUUGUCAGAUAGAACACUUUCAAGUUAAUUUCGGAACAAUACGUUUCGCAUUGCUUUCUUUGGCGCCGAUGUUCACACUUGGCUAUAUAUUUUGGAGAACUCGAACUGAUAGGGAGCGUGAGAUACGUUGCGGCAGACUGAAAUACAAGGACCGUCGGAAUAAAUUGGCCUGAAUUUUAUUGUUUUUAUUUUUGAGCAGCUGUAGUCUUUAAUUACAUGUCUGAAGUAGAUUUUUGGUCUUUUCUUAUUUAGAUGUUUGCAAUCGUUCUUAUAAGAUUCGAAACCUGGUAUUACAGUAAAUUUAUAAGUACUUUUCUAGUGUAUUUAGCCAUUGGCAAACGAUGAACGAAAACGUAAGGAAACUGGACUUACAUUUCUAAUUAUAAGUUUGAAAUCACCAAUUCAAACCAUGGUGAAUAAUUCUUCUCUGUUUGAGAUGAGGCCUUUGCUCAACAGUGGCCACUUAGGAUGAUGAUGAUGAUAUGGCUGAGCACUGCACAGAUUAGAUUGGAUUUAGGGAAUCC